AGAUGUGCGGUCAGAGCACGCGGGCUGUGGAAAGCACAUGAUCCCUGAGCGUAAUAUCCCGAACUGAUUUUUUCUCUCUUAAUCACUCUCUGCCUCGCUCAUUCUUCGCAAUUUAGGAAGACAACCGAACUCGGUUCUGCGGGGGCUAGUUACUUGCGAGCUUAGUGUGGCGCGGUGAUCUUGGCCGUUGGGGGAUCUUCGUUUCUUUCCAGUCAUGGAUUUGUCCAGUUGUGAUUGCUGAAAGAUAACAAACAAAAAUAUUAGUGGGGUUUUUAUAUUCACUUCUACUUUGAAAAAGUUCCAUUUUUCAUUUCGUGGACAAAAGCGAGUGACAUUCGUAAUCAAACUUGGCUAAACAGUUUUAGUGACAAGCGGUUUAUCUCAUCAGACAAAAAAAAGGAUGACUGCUCGAGUCCGCUGGGAAGGAGUGGACGAAGUUGGUCAUUCGAAGAACGGCGUAGCGGAUGGAGCUACCGCUAUCAGAAAUACUAGGAAGAGAUCUUCCAUUGAGUUUAUUUGCACAGCCGUCAGAAAUUUGUCCCACCACACAACAUCGCGACCGUCCAGUCCCAAGCCGAUUGAGGUCAAGUCUCAUACGAAGGAAAUAUGCCCAACAUGCGAUGGGAAUACGAAUGAAUCAAAAGCAGAGAAAGUUCCGGCGACGACCGAGUCGCAGGAAAGUGGAACCUUGGUGGGAAGCGUCAGAUCGACGGCUGCGGAAGAAGCGAAAAGCGAGCAGGAAUCUCUCUUGAAACCCGUCAAAGAAAAACCUAUCCUAGGCGGAGCAAUAAUCAAGCAGAAUUUUCGAAGCGAAAAUCAGAUUACUUUGGCCAAUACCCAGCCACUGCCCACAAUCAAUGACCGGAUGUCUUUGCCGCCAUUUAGCGGCCAAAACACUCCAACACAUCAGCGGAACCACCCAGAGAAAGUCAUCAAAUUAUGGAAACAACACGGCAAGCAGGCUACUGUCGACAUGCUUAGCGCUCUAUACGGAAUCAUGCUGGUAGUUAUGGGCGUGGCCUUUCCUACUUCACAAGUCAUUUCCAUCAAGAUCCCAUCUCACUACUACGAGGGAUUCUACGCUUACCUCUACUUUGUGGCCAUUGGAUUCUUUGGCUACAUUUACGUCCUCUUGAAAACCCAAUUCAACUCGCUAACGUGGAAAAGACGUUGGUAUCAAAUGACGCAGCGUCUCAAGGAUAAAAAGAUAGCCAAAACAACGGCUGAUGGCGACGGUGCCUCUCAAGACAAUGGAUUGUCCCUGGAGGACAUAAUGACCAGUCGAUUACGGAUUACUCUUGGCAAAGAACUCGAUCCUAGACACAGUCCCAACCACGGAUCCUUCUACCUUCGCAUGGGAGCCGUCGUGUUUGGAGUUGGCUCAAUGAUUUAUUCCGGGCUGGAAUUCGCUCAAUACUUUGAAAUGUCAUCCAAUCCUUUGUGCGAUGACAUAAUGAUGGCAGUUCAGCCAGCGUCGCGUAUGCUCUUCACAUUUUUCCAAAUGUAUUUCGUUUUCCUAAAUGCAAAGAUUCAGAUUGUCAAGAACAGCAACGUCAUUGUGGCUCGUUUUGGAAUGAUGCACAUCGUAGCCACGAACCUCUGCGUCUGGCUCAACGUUAUCAUCCAGGAAACAAAACACGAGAUCCUCAAUUUCGAGCAGCAUGGAGGUGGCGACACAACCGAGCACGACCGGCAUCAGGUGUCUGGACACGGUGAAGAGCUCGUCCAAAUAGCAGAUGCCGUCGACCCUGACGCUUCAGCCGUGAUUGGACACUGGUUGAACAAGACAGUUUUGGACCACGUCCAGGAUGAAGGUGAAUAUCAUUCUCCAUCAUACCAUCGGCUGGGCAAGAGGACGCUGUCGGACGAAUGCCAUCGCUCAGAUUUGAUGGGAACACUGACGCAGAAUGCCAGUCCUUUCCUGUUUCCAUGCGCCAUCGAAUAUUCUCUGAUAUGCGCCGCUAUAAUGUACGAAAUAUGGAAACAUACUGGAAAAAAUCGCCACCAAAAGUUGGCCCGUUCGGUAAACGAUUCACCGGCCGGCGUCCGUACGCCCAGAACGCCCCGCGGAAGCUUUUAUCCGUAUUCGCAACGUCGUUCCCCGCACCACUAUUCCGUCGACUGUACCAACGCCAACAAAGGCCUCUUCUUUGGAAUUUUUGUCUUGGUGCUAAGCAUUUUGGCCAUGAUACUGUUUUUCGUCUUGAUCCAUCGCGAGGAAUACAAAAGUACAGCCAUCACUAUCGUCCAUUUGGCCGAACUGAUUCUUUACAUGUUGACGUUGAUCGCCGUCUUAAUUGGAAUCAUACAAGUGAGCCAGUUGCAAUUUGAUGCUUCCCAUCCGCUCGAUCUCGACAACAUCCUGCUUAUCGUCGCUCUUACGGGCGUCAUUUCCUACAACGUCUUUACCAUAAUCGGAACCCAGUUCAGCGACCAUCCGGACAGGAUGCUGGUGCUAAUCAAUGCCUUGACGGCCGUCGUGCAGGCUGUAGCUCAAACCGUGUUUGUCCUCGGUUCUUCCAAGCGACACCUCUACACUAGACGCCAGGAGCAGCGCAAACCUGGCCGUGAAGUCGUCACUUUCUUAAUGGUCACCAACUUUGCGAUGUGGGCCAUUAUAACGUUGGAGAAGAGCCGAUUCGACGCCCACCCCGUCCAAUCGCAAUUUUUUGGUCAGUGGCCAUGGACUAUCAUCACUAACAUCAGCUCUCCACUGGCCAUUUUCUAUCGCUACCAUUCGACAGUUUGUCUCUGCGAGAUAUGGAAACGUUGCUACAAAAUCACAGAGAGAUCAUCUAACCAUACUCCGCUUCAGCAGCUCGCAAGCGUCUAGUGCCCAGUCUUUCUCGUCCAUUUCCUCGCAUUUCCCCCUUAUAGAAUAACAGACGACACGCAGAAGAUGGGCCAUAUAAUACUGUAAAAGAUCCACCAACCAUUAUUUCUGAGCUCAAUCCUAUAAGCAACU